AUGGCCGCAACUACCGAGAAUCUCCCUCAACUCAAAUCCGCCGUCGAUGGCCUUACUGAGAUGAGUGAGAACGAGAGGACCGGAUUCAUCAACCUCGUUUCACGCUACUUGAGCGGUGAGGCACAGCAUAUUGAGUGGAGUAAGAUCCAGACACCGACUGAUGAAAUCGUUGUUCCCUACGAUAAAAUGGCUAAUGUCUCCGAAGAUGUUUCCGAGACCAAGAAUCUGUUGGACAAACUUGUUGUGUUAAAGCUUAAUGGAGGUCUUGGGACAACAAUGGGAUGCACCGGCCCAAAGUCGGUUAUUGAAGUUCGUGAUGGUUUGACGUUUCUUGAUCUGAUUGUUAUCCAGAUUGAGAAUCUCAACAAGAAGUAUGGUUGCAAGGUUCCGUUGGUUCUCAUGAACUCGUUUAAUACACACGAUGACACACAAAAGAUUGUGGAAAAGUACACCAACUCAAAUGUUGACAUUCACACUUUUAACCAGAGCAAAUAUCCCCGUGUUGUUGCAGAUGAGUUUGUGCCAUGGCCCAGCAAGGGAAAGACCGACAAGGAUGGCUGGUAUCCUCCUGGUCAUGGUGAUGUGUUCCCAUCCCUCAAGAACAGUGGAAAGCUCGAUGAUUUCAUAUCACAGGGUAAGGAAUAUGUGUUCGUUGCCAAUUCAGACAACUUGGGUGCCAUCGUUGACUUGAAAAUCCUGAAGCACUUGAUCCUGAACAAGAACGAGUACUGUAUGGAAGUUACACCCAAAACCUUAGCUGAUGUAAAGGGAGGUACUCUCAUUUCUUAUGAAGGCAAAGUACAGCUUUUGGAGAUUGCUCAGGUUCCUGAUGAACAUGUCAAUGAGUUCAAAUCAAUUGAGAAGUUCAAGAUAUUUAACACAAACAACCUAUGGGUUAACUUGAAGGCCAUCAAAAAGCUUGUGGAGGCUGAUGCACUUAAGAUGGAGAUCAUUCCAAACCCAAAGGAAGUCGAUGGAGUCAAAGUUCUUCAAUUGGAAACUGCAGCUGGUGCUGCAAUAAGGUUCUUUGACAAUGCUAUCGGUGUUAAUGUACCUCGCUCACGGUUCUUGCCAGUGAAGGCAACUUCAGACUUGCUGCUCGUCCAGUCUGAUCUCUACACUCUAGUUGAUGGCUUUGUCACCCGAAACAAAGCUAGAACUAACCCCUCGAACCCAUCAAUUGAAUUGGGACCCGAGUUCAAGAAGGUGGCUAACUUCUUGAGCCGAUUCAAAUCCAUCCCAAGUAUCGUUGAGCUCGACAGCCUCAAGGUGUCUGGUGAUGUCUGGUUUGGCUCUUCCAUUGUUCUCAAGGGCAAGGUGACUGUGACGGCGAAAUCCGGGGUGAAGCUUGAGAUUCCGAACGGGGCUGUGGUCGAGAACAAGGUAGCGUAUCGAAUUGGCAUUCCACAUCCUAAGUUUAAACUUAAGUUGUUUUGGGGAUGCAAGACUAAAAAUUUCCACAAUGUGUUGUUGACAGGACAUCAAUGGUCCCGAGGACCUGUGAAUAACAAGUCUUCUUCCCUCUCUCAUGGAAGACUCAUCGUGAUUUUAUACUCUUUGGUGGCAAAACAGAGUCACAGAAAAAUGAUGUUGUUUCUAGUUGCGGGUGUCUCUUUAUUAGCCUUUUAUGUCUACAAGUCCAUAAAACCGCCCCGGCCGAUUCCAUUGCCGGAGAAUGUUUCUGAGAUAUGUCCAAGAAUCAAGCUCAAUGAUGGCAGAUAUUUAGCCUACAGAGAAUUAGGGUUUCCCAAAGACAAAGCCAAAAAUAAAAUAAUCAUUCUUCACGGAUAUGGAAGUUCCAAGUUAGUGGACUUAAAAAUCACACAGGACCUGAUCGACGAAUUCAAGAUAUACUUCUUGCUUUUCGAUAGAGCUGGUUAUGGCGAAAGCGAUUAUCAUCCAUCACGAACGAUAAAGACUGAUACAUACGAUAUCGAAGAACUCGCUGACAAAUUGCAAAUCGGUCCAAAGUUUCACGUUCUAGGGAUGUCACUCGGGGCAUACCCAGUUUACGGCUGUCUCAAAUACAUUCCUCAUAGACUAAGUGGAGCAACGUUGGUGGUUCCGUUACUAAACUUUUGGUGGAGUCUCCCACAAAACUUGUCGAGAUCAGCACUCAAAAAAUUUCCAAUUCAAAAUCAAUGGACACUUCGAGUCGCACACUACUUCCCAUGGUUGCUAUAUUGGUGGAUGACUCAGAAAUGGUUCUCGCCGUUUAGCCAAAAUCCCAGAGAAACUAUGACCGAACGCGACAUAGAACUCGCGGAUAAACAUACAAAACACCACUUUAUCAAGGAAUCCGCUUUACGACAAGGUGAAUAUGUGAGCAUGCAACGAGACAUCGUUGCGGGUUAUGAUAAUUGGGAGUUUGAUCCAACGGAACUGAGCAAUCCAUUUUCCGAUGAUAACAAAGGGUCAGUUCACAUUUGGUGUGCACUAGAAGACAAACAAAUUUCACGCGAUGUUUUACUCUAUCUAUGCGAUAAACUUCCAUGGAUAAAGCUUCAUGAAGUCCCUGAAGCUGGACAUCUUAUUAUCCAUGAGAAGAAGCAUUUUGAAGACAUUAUCAAAACUAUUUGCCAAAUAAUGUUGCUUCUACUUGCGAUUGUGGGAUUAAUAAGCUAUUAUGUUUACAAGUCUAUAAUACCUCCACCGCCGAUUCCAUUGCCAGAAAAUGUCUCCAAGAGAUUUUCAAGAAUCAAGCUUAAUGAUGGUAGACAUUUAGCCUACAAAGAAUUAGGGUUUCCAAAGGACAAAGCCAAAAACAAAAUAAUAUUCAUCCAUGGAUAUGGAAAUUCCAAAGACGCCGAUUUGUACACCACACAGGAAAUGAUCGACGAAUUCAAGAUAUAUUUUUUAUUUUUCGAUAGAGCUGGUUAUGGAGAAAGUGAUCCUAAUCCAUCAAGAACACUGAAAACAGAUACAUACGAUAUUGAAGAACUUGCUGAUAAACUGCAAAUUGGACCAAAGUUCCAUGUUGUAGGGAUGUCCCUUGGAGCUUAUCCAGUUUAUGGUUGCCUCAAAUAUAUUCCUCAUAGACUAUGUGGAGCUUCCUUGGUGGUUCCAUUAAUUAAUUUUUGGUGGAGACGUAUGCCUCAACACUUGUUGAAUGCAGCGAUCAAGAUACUACCAUUUGAGUUUCGAUUGACACUUCGAGUCGCACACUAUUGUCCAUGGUUGCUGUAUUGGUGGAUGACUCAAAAAUGGUUUCCAACUAGUCGGGAUCCCAAAAAAACUAUGACCAAACGCGAUUUGGAACUCGCGGAAAUACAUACAAAACAAUCAUACAAGGAGUCUUGUUUACGACAAGGUGAAUACGUGAGCACACAACGAGACAUCAUCGCGGGUUACGGGAACUGGGAAUUUGAUCCAACCGAAUUGAACAAUCCGUUUUCGGAUAGUAACAAAGGAUCGGUUCAUAUGUGGUGCGCACUCGAAGACAAACAAAUUUUGCGCGAUGUUUUACUCUAUAUAUGUGAUAAAUUACCAUGGAUAAAGCUCCAUGAGGUCCCUGAAGCUGGACAUUUUAUGAUUCAUGAAAAGCGACAUUUCGAAGCCAUUAUCAAAGCCGCUUGUACUUGA